AAAAAAAAAGUCUCACAGAAAAAAAUCAAAGACAGUUGUUUGCCACAGAGAGAUAGGGACAGAUAGCGUUAGAGAAAGGAGAGAGAGAGAGGGAGAGAGCUUGCGUGAGUGUGGUAUAAUAAUAAGUGCAGAAGAAGGCCACAACUCGGAGAAUCUCAUAAAUCGUAUCUCGUAAAGGAGAUUACUUUUGUGUUUUUCCUGCAAGAAAUUUGUUUGUGUAUCGCUCUUGUUGUAUUACUUGUGUUUUCUGAGGGUAUAUGAACGUCUGUGCAUUACUGGAAUCGAAUCUUAAGUGUUUUAGUCUCCGGUGGUUUUGUGUUCCCUUCAUUCUUAGGGUUUCAAAGAGCAUAAUCGUUUUAUGUACCAGAUGUUUUAGUUUUGCUUACCUUUAAUCAAAAAUCCAUGUGGUAGCUUUGUUAGAAGGGCAUGAGUUUCCAGAUUUGAGUCAAGUUAGAUCCGAAACUUUGUGGUUUUCUAAACUUGGAUGCUUGAUUUUAGAUUUGAAAAGCAUCCAACAACAUCCCUUUGGAUUAAACAUUUUUUUCUGGGUGGGAAGUUUGCACUUUUAUCAUUAGAGGGACAAACUGGGUUUCUCAUGUGAAAUACAUGUGGGUUUUAGGAUGCAAUACCACAAAAUAAUUCAAGUAAGGGCAACCCUUUGGGCUCUUGAGAGAGUGUCUCAAGAGAACUUAUUGUAUCUGUUAUGGUAAUGAUGGAACUUUGUUUUCUUGCAUAUUUGACUAUGUUCCAUGUUUUGUUUCCACAUUUAGGAGAACAGAAGGAUAUCAGUUUUUGGAGGGACUUCGUGAAGAAGUUGUUGACCAACAGACUCACCGGUACUUAGAAAAGUGAUGUGCUUUCAGAUAUUUUUUAGGUUUCUCAGGCAAGCAUGUUGGUGGAAAGUUCCUUCAGCGCUUCCGUUGAAACUAGCCUUCUGAACACAUCUGAGUAUCAACACCCAUUUGCUGCUUUUAAUUGGAUGUCGCUAACUGAAACUUAUCAGAUGAUCCACAAACUUCCAGAUCAGUCUCAAGUAAGCUUUCUUGAAGCUGUUCCAGUCCCUGAUGCAACCAAUGCUGAUGAACUAAGUUGUCCAGAGCAAACUGUUAUGCAUAACGUAUCGGAAAAGGCUCUGACUUCACUUGUGUAUAGUCGAAGGAAGUGGAGCAUGAGACCUGGAGGUACUGAGGAUAGUAGCCCAGGAAAAUGCAAUAAACAGGAGGUUUCACUUGAUGGCUCUGUUGUCCCGGUUUAUAACCAUGAAGAAAGCAUGAAAGGGAAACAUCGGUUCAACAACUGUCUUGUUUAUAGUCGAAAGAAGAGGGGCAAAAGCAGUUAUGUUACUGGAGAAACUACGUUAAGGGCUGAUGGGAUUGAUGAUGCUUUUGUCUCUGGGAAAGACUGUGGAGAAGCCAAGAGAAGAAGAACUCGAUUAAAUAAAUGUCUCGUGUAUACCAGCAGAAAGAAAGGUGGAGUAAAAUCUAAUGGUUGUAGCUUUAGCGAACAUGUCUCUGGAGGAACCAAGAUAAGCCGUGAUCAAGAUGACUCUUCUGAAUAUAGCCAAAGGGGGCAUAGUAAUAGUAUUCAUCGACCUGUUUGCAGCCAAAGCAAGCAGUUAGUGAAAUCUAAUGGCUUACUUGUGUAUAGCCGGAGGAAGCAGAAAGGGAAAUAUAAUGGUGCUGGGGUUAAUGGCUUUCUAGUGUAUAAGCGGAAGAAGCCUAGUGUAGACAAUACUCAAGCUACCGAAGUGACAUCUUCUUCUGAAGGAACAAAUGACAGAUGCUCAUCACAAUCCAGUUCUGAACUUGUUUCAGGUCCCAGUAAAACUGGAGAAAGUGAAGCUACAGAUUCUGGCUCAGAUCAUACAGACAGUAGUAGCAGCAGCCCUUUCAGACAGUGCAAACGCUGUGAUAAGGCAGGAAAUGUGGACAAGAUGUUAAUUUGUGAUGAAUGUGAGGAAGCAUAUCAUACAAGGUGUUGCGGUGUUCGAAUGAAAGAAGUUGCACAGAUUGAUGACUGGUUUUGUCGAUCUUGUUUGGAAAAGAUGCCAUCAAAGACAAAUUUCAAAGGGAGAUCACGGGAACGGAAAUGGAGAGUUUCAGAACCAUUUGUAAUAGGAAUUCGAGUAGGAAAAGAGUUUCAAGCGGAUGUUCCAGACUGGUCAGGUCCAACCAUGAGUGAUAGUACUUCUUUUGUUGGUGAACCCCUGGAGAUUGAUCACUCAAAAUAUAUGCAUGAUCUCAAAAACGGUAAGAAACCAGGUUCUGCAGUAAAUUGGCUCCAAUGCAGAGAGGAGGAUAGGAAUGGAGAUAUUUGUGGGAAGUGGCGUAGGGCUCCUCGCUCAGAGGUACAGACCAACGACUGGGAAUGCUUCUGCUGUGUGUCUUGGGAUCCAUCGCAUGCUGAUUGUGCCGUCCCUCAGGAACUAGAAACAGAUGAGAUCCUGAAACAACUCGAGUACAUCAAGAUGCUUAGACCUCGUUCAGACGCCAAAACGCGGAAGAUAGGACCAAUUAUGGUCGAAGCAGAUUAUAUAAAUGAAAAUUCUUGAUGGACGCAAGCUUUAGCCAUAUAAAAAUGCAUAUGCUUUUUGGAUCAGAGACUAGAUAGGUAGUUCAGAAUUUUUUUUGGUAACUCCCAAAACAGUAGUGACUAUAUAUUUGGUAUUCAGGGAAAGGCUCUGGACAAAAUGUGAGAAAAACAGUUUGUGAGUCUUUUUCUUCUGAGAGUAGAAUCAUUCAUAUAGGAAUAUGAGAAUUACAUUCAAUAUCUUGGACCUUGAAAGUUAAUCAAAGGG